AUGGCUUCUCCUGGUGAACAUGAACAGUUUACCGAAGAAAGUACAAGUUCAUUUCAGUUUGGUCACAAUGAAAGGUCUUCUAAAAGUGAUGAACAAAAAUGUAUUUUCGAACUUGAAAGAGCAAUCGAGGCUAAAACGAAGGAGAAGAAUAGUCUACGGGAAAAGUUGCGUUCAAUCCUUCGACUGUCUGAACGUCUGGAUGCUUUACUACCGUUGAAAUUGGAGUCUAAAGAGAGGGAACUACGUCAUUUUCUGCUCCCUUCAGUGCCUCGUUCGAAUGCGUGUGACGUUGAUGCUAACAAAAGCCAGACCACUUCAGGCGGCUGUACAAUUAGUUCCAAUGUUCGCCCCGUUCCAUCCUUGGUUAGUGGGUUAACCAAGUCUGUAGAUAGUUUAUUGGGUCCUGCAAAUGCAGUGGCCCGUGCUACUAGUUCAAAAGGCGGGGCUCUUCUACCUACUCCUUAUCCUAAUCCUUCUCAGGCUAGUGGUAAAUCUGUUACCCAUAAUCGUGGUAUUCUACCGUCAGGAAUUCAUUCACAAUCCACCAAGGCUUCUGUAGACAAUGGACCAUAUAUUAAAGAUGUUCCAAAUUAUGCAGAUGUAUUAAUUGAUUCUUCUGUUAACUUGAUACUAUCUCGUUUACGCCGGACACAGUGUAAUUUUGACAAACUUGUUGCAUCUAAUCAAUCGGAACUGCAGUCAUUUACUUUUACUCAAAACAGUCAAAAUGGAAAAAGAAUGAUGAUGCGUAUUCGUGUUCUUGAACAUGAAAAUGAAGAACUAGCAAAUGUCAAUCGUACUGGUCGAACUGCUCGGUUAGAAUCGGAAAUUUCUUUACGACGUGCAUUCGUAAAUGACUUGAAAAAUGCUCAUUCAGAUAUGGAGUAUUUAGUGGAGGAGGCUGAGACUGAAACUGAAUUGCUUGGUAGUUCUUUAAUGAUGCUGCAACAAAGACUACAACUAACUCAAAGCACUGCAGAACUCUUGGCUUCCGAACUACAAAAACUGGAACCAGUGAUUUGUGCUGGAAUGAUGAAUUCCGAUGGCGAUACUGAUGCUAAGAACGUGUUGUUACAUGAGGAAACAAAAUUAGAAGACGUUACUUGUGUGUCUCCUAGACGACUGCAGAAUUCUCUGAACGAUAGUCUAUACGAUGACGAGCUUAUUUUGGAUCCAGGUAUUGAAAUUAGCCGACAGUCUUCGGAAUCUCCCAAAUCCUAUACUGAUAUACCAAUCGAUAGCGACGUCAAUUCUCGGGUGACAGAAACUAAAUAUGAUAAAAAGUCAUGUAUUUAUGCCCGAGUUCUCCCCAAACCUGAAAAUAAUAUUUCUGAUGACGAAAAUUUCGGUAAAUCGAAACGUAGACGUGUCUCAGGUAGUUGUGGAGAUUCAUCAAAUGAAAAAUGCACAAGUCAUUUAGACUCUUUAUCAUUUUUACCUGCUCCAUUGUCUAGGAAUACAGUAUCUACUUCCGCCAGUGAUCGGACUAAAUCGCGUCCUGUAAUCCCUGUACGCGGUCCACAACGGACGUUUCAUUCAAACCGUGAGCAUACUGCUCAAAUUACUCAAAUAAAAUCCAUUUCAUCAACAACAGCAUCACCAUUAGAUGAAUCUAUUUCUAGUAAACUUUUAAAACUUUCUAAAUUUAAUAGUCAGUUAACUGUUGAUUCCUCCAUGAAAUCCCCAUGUAUAAAGUCUUUCACAUCUAAUCAUCCUAAUGUUAUUGAUGGCUCGUCUUCAUGA